AUGGUCUUGAACAUCGACUCUGACGGCGUGCUCGCCGCUGAGCUCGAGGUCCCUACCAUUGCCUAUGCUGUUUACACGUCGACAAGCACAGCGGUAGUUCACAAUCUUCGUUCAAGGCUUCUACAGAUCAACGCUGAGAAUGGGCUGCAUUCAUCGUUCAUCCACACGGUGCAGGUCACUACUACGACUGCGUCCCUCUACGCCUUUCGGAUUCUCCAGGCUGCUGGAGAUGUUGAGAAUGUAUUGAAGAUGCUGAGAGAUGUACCUAUUGAUGGAGUUCAGUUGAAAGAAGGGCCUGCGAUACUAAAGCCCAGAUAUCUCUAUCCAUGCUCGGAAGAGUGUUCAUAUUUACCAGAACCCUGUUCAAACUGUCUCAAUCCAGCAUCAACCUCUUCUGCACCUCCACCGCUUCCAUCUUCUUCUGCUUCCCGACUUCCGAGAAGGCCUUUUCGAGAUGUAUGGGCAAAAUUCUUAGAUGCAGUUCGAGAACGAAUCAUUGGCGACAUAGUGAAAUGCUCCACAAGUACAGGACGCACAAUCAAUAGGCUCAAAAAUGGCUUUCUUCUCGGUCAAGUACCUAGCAAACUAUCUGGGACGAUGACCGAAUGGGCUGCAGGAUGGGAAAGCCGGGUGAAGGGGAGGUCACUCGUCUAUACACAUAUCCACAUUCACCUCUCCGGAGAGAGAAUUCUUAUCCAUCCCACACUCGCUUCGACACCGUUCAUACCUCUGACGAGCCUCAUUUCUCGAAAUCACGAGCCUGGUGAAUCGUUACAGCAAGGGGUACCGAUUACGCUACUGCCGUACGCAACGCCCGCACAUUUUCUCUCCACAUAUACAGGCCCUACAUCUGCACUUACGAAGCAGUUCCGAGAGGUUUUCCAAGGAUGCGGGAUCUCUCUCGACGGGAAAUCUACGUCUUAUAUCAUUGCAUGGGUACCGGUCGAGAACAAAAACGGAGAAGAGAAGGGACUGACAGUCAUAUACCCCGCAGAGCUGUGUAUGGGAUUCGCACCUACACCGGGGACAAUACCUAUGCAUUCUCUCGCUUUUCGCUCCUCUGCAGUUGCAACCUCACCUUCCUCUGCCGUACCUCCAUCCACUACUACAGCUUCUAACUCCUUUGCACAUCUUUUCUCAACAGCAGGACCUUGGACACCUUUCGGCCGCGCAGUAUUGCCCACAAUACCGACCUUACCUGUUCCCUUGCAACCUUCACCAACCGUGGUUCAUGUGCUACCUCCCGGGUCAAAUUUAUCGGUUUAUAAUUCAAUGGGCACCCCAAGUCCAAGUGCUCAACAACUUGGAAGGGAGACCUUAACAACUGGAGCGAGCUACAUGCCCACACCUCCCACGACAAGCACACAUGGGGCUGGUUUACUGCCAGCAUCGGCCACUGCUACACAUAAUCAUAAUCGCCAUCACUCUCUAUCUCCUUCAGUCACGAUUCCAUUCUCUCCAUACCCCCCCUCUCUCCACCCGGCCGUUCACGCCCUCUCAUCUUCUGUGGCUCCGUUAUACGCGUCUCCUUUCUCGGUAAUUCCCUCAGACAAGCAAGCCGUCGCCUUAUCACGAGCUGUCUACCGCUCAUUUCUUGACCGGCAACACAAGCAAAGAGAUGCUUUGAACGUUCCAACAGUCCCGACAUCCCUCCCCAAACAACCUGACAUUGAGCGGCUGCUGAUGUCGGCUCAAGGAAUCGGUGGGUAUAUCGAUGCUAUUGCGAAAGUGAGGGAGAAGGAACGAGAAAGACUGAGGCUGGGUGGGGCUAAGGGAUCGAAUCCUGAGGCGGGGGGCUCUACUCAAAAUCAUACGCAGUCUUCUCAGUUUGGUUUAGUCAAGACUCAAGCUCCCAUCCUCAAUCAACAACCAGUGCCAUACCCAUCGAUAACGACGACGAGCUCACCUGUGCACCUGAACUCGAACUCACAGUCUUUUCCGCCGCCUCAGCAACAGCUUUCCCAACAACAGACAUUUUAUCCGUCGCCGCCUGAACCACCAGGCAGCCAUACGUAUGUCCCGUCUGGUGUUUCUCCUGCCCAAUCCAUAACCGUGAAGAAGGAAGAAGAUUCCGAAAUGAUAAUUACUAGUGGUAAUGAGGAUGGACCUUCGCAUACAAAUGGCGUUCAGUUGAAGGAUGAGGAGAGGAUGAUUGACGAUGAGGAUCUGUUUGGCGCAUCUCCCCCAGUAGUAACAGAGGAUGUACCAGUUGAGCCGACUACCGAUCCACCGGAUCCAGUACCACCACCGCCGGUCGUUCCUAAGAAAGAAAAAUCGGAACCGGAAAGUGGUAGCCACGAAUGGGGCGUUGGUUUGGGCGAUGACAGGAUGGAUAUGGAUGGCUCCUUAGGAUGGGGUAAUAUGGGUUCCAUGGGGAUGGACUUUGAUUUGGAUAUGGGUAUGGGGGGAGGAAUGGAUAUCAAGAUGGAUAUGGAUAUAUUUGAUUUUGGUACGUCUUCAGUUGCAGGCCCUGUGAGGGCCGGAAUGCGUGGACCACCACCACCACCUCCUCCUCCUCCUCAGACGUCGGCACCACAAGGGACAUCUUCCAUGAUUACUACUAGGCGAUCUUCUACACAAUCUGUGACCAAGCGGAUCAGUUUUGAAGAUGAUAUAACAGACGAUGAUUACAAUUGGUUCGAUACUCAUGAUUCAGGAAGUGGGUCUGGUGCCAAUUUCAUGGGUGGUAUCACCGGUGGAGCAACUUCCGUGUCUACCACUGGGACAUUAGAUGCAGGAGCCACCCUUUUCAGCUCGAUUCAUCCAUCGUCAGCCGCAUUUACUAUGGCGCAUCCUAGUGCAGAUUCCUACGGCUCACCUUCAACCAGCGCCAUGCAUCCUCCACCUGUUCCUCUUCAUGCGUUUGGUUUCACACCCAGUCCAGGGACGCCGUCUAACGCUUGGCCGUCAUCCCACACACAUGUAGCGGGAACUCCGAGUACACCAGGGAUUCCCCCAGACAUGUUUCCCCUUUCUCCUCCGGAGGAGGGUGGUACUGGGACCGGUAUCGGACCGAUGGUCGGAACCCCGAUGAGUGGAGGUGUAGGGACACCGCGAACGCCUACUACAACUGUGAACGUAGGUGGAGGGGCUACGGCUACAAGGUGGGAAGCUGGCUGGGGGGUUCAACUAGAAUCACCUUUUAAUUCGCCUACGAGGAAGCCGGUGUCCAUCCGUGGGGGUGUUGAUGGUGAAGUAAUGGAUGAAGUUGAUCGGAGGUCAAGUCUGUUUGAUGCUAUACCGUUUGCUGCUAGUCAUCGUGUGGCCGAUGGAAAGUAUAUGUAUGGCAAGUUCAUGAUGCAUACACCUCCAUUGGAUAGUGAUCUGAAUGAUGGAUCUGGGUAUCUUGUGAGUACGGUUCGGAAUGAGAAGGAAGGGGAUGGGGAAAAGGUGGAGGGUAGAACAGGUUUAUCUCCCGCGUUGAAAGGCCUGAGGAUGAAGUACGACACUAAGACUGAUCCUUGGAUUGCUGUGGUUACGCAGUUGAAAGUGAGAGGAGUAAAAAGAAAGCUUCCGAGCACUCCUGGGUUACGGAACAUAUCUCCUCGAUGGGUUAGAGAAUGGGAAGAUGGGUGGAAGGAGUUACUUCCGAUAAGUCCUGCUCCUACCUCCCCAGACUCGGGCGAAGAUAGGUCUGAUGAUGACGACCUGGAUUCUGAUGAUGAGGGGUUCGACAACCGCACGGGUUCAUCGAGUCCUGUUUCCGAAUUUUCUCGCCCUUCGACUCCGGUACCACAUUACGUGCCUAAAGGUCCCUCGCUAGUAUCCACGCAGUUUCAUCACGCCCUUCUCCUCCCGCUCAGUUCAGCUCUCCGUAAUGGUCGCGGCUCACAUGAGGAAACUCAAAUCAGUAUAGUGGCUGGAGGACUUGCGGCUGCGGCUGCGUCGGUUCCUACCCCUGUAUCUCCCGCUGCGAUGAUGGGUGCUGCAUCAGAAAAGUCAAAGAGCCUUGAAGCAGCGGCAGAAAUGGUUGCCAAAGAAGUUGUGGAAAACGGUUUAUGGGGUCUGGCUUGGCGAGAAACAUUGUCGUUUGGUAAGGCCGCGGGGGGGAGGAAGCACUUCGCCUAUCCUAGCAUGACGAUUGAUUCAAUUGGAAGUGCAGGGAAGGCGUUUGACAUGGGUCAACAACAUGUUUCUGUGGCGGACGUUAAUGUGGUGAAGGAGCUGCUGAGUGGCGUGAAAGGUUUGCAGGGACCGUUAUUGCUCACCAACCUUUUUGAAAGUGGUUCGUUUAUUGAUUAUGCUGCACGAAUGGAAAAAAACCUCAACACCCCACCGGUUCUAGAGCCAACAAAUAUGCCUUUGACACCUUCACAGUCGCCGACGCUUGCUCCUCUUGAACCACCUUUGGUUUCGGUUGGUAAAGGCAAUACUGUGAUUGACAUUUUGCCCAGUGGACUACCUUUUUGGGAGAAACUGGGAUUAGGACCGAAACAUGGAGAAAAGAACGUAACAGCCUUCGUAUUAUUUGAGGAUCACGGUGAAUGGCGUCGGCAUCAGGCCGAGGUCUGGCUCUCGAAUCUUGCUACAUUGUAUCGGUCUAAGAACUUGGGUCAAUUGGUUCCCGGUACGAGUAGUGUCUGCUCCAAAGACGGUCUGGUACCUUUGCGAUUUGAUUCAGCUUUUCGGAAAACUCUAGCUUCUUUCGUCGCCAGCCUCUCCACCCCUCGAUCUAGUUUUGUGUUUUUCAUUAUCAUCCCGACCGCUGCCAUGUCACUAUCUUCCCCAGUACUACGGCAAGUAUCCUAUGCUGUAAAGAAGGCAGCGAAAACAUACUCGGAGGCACAGAUUCUGUUCCAGUUCAUUCCAGAAGAACUUCUCCUGGGUAACAUGGAUGUUUCUUCUCCAGAUGACAUGGGUACACAUCGAUUGUGCUGUUCUGUUUACGAUCGUGUCCUUCAGCCCGUGGAACGUGCCAUGUCCAGACGAUUUUUUGACCACGGCUUGAGGGUUCAGAACUAUUUCGAGGAGCCAGCAGUUACCCUCAGUCGUUCUGCCGGCGAUAAUAAAGUCACGUUCAUGAACAAGGCCCAUACCUCUCUCGGCGUCCUGGACCGACACACCCUUCUUCAUGUCGCCUAUCAAGUAAGUCAUUGCAAGAAAUGGUUGGUGGCCGCUUGCGUUGACCAGAGAGGAGAGGCUCAUGACCUUGGAGUGUGGUCAUUACAAACACCUGAUGCGGAGAAUGAAGAUGUCUUCUCUGAAGAGAUGUAUAUUGUCAACAAGGUUUGGGAUUUUGCCAUGCAGUUCGCGGGGAGAGCGGACGUGGAGUGGAGAAUUGUGUUUGCCAAAUUGGGAUCGUUAAACCCAGUGGAAUUGGAUGCUUGGACAUCACACCUGGCUACCUCUCUUCACUCCAUACCACGGCGUACCCCUAUUCAUGCUUCUGUAGUCUCUAUUGACAGCUCAAGCCCUUGGAUAAUCUUACCCACGUCUUCUAAGCCAACGAGUUUCCCCCCAGUUCUCAAGACCUCAAUGAAACCUCCACCGUUGAACCGUUUCUCCUCUAUGCCGUCCAAACCCUCUUCCAAGAAUGGAAAUAUCUAUGUCGACGGCACUAUGACCACCUAUGCUCUCUACCAUCGGUUUCCUCUCUCAUCUUCUGUUACUCCGACCCUUGAUAGCAUUGGGAUAACAUGCGGUGUGGUUGUCGACGAUUCUUUAUCCUCUAUGCGAGGUGAGGAACCUCCUCAUACAGAAUCCUUGCUACCUCUUUGCAGUGCUACCCUUGCUCGUAUAUCGUCCCGCCCGUCAAUAUCCCCCACUGUCCCUUGGUGCUCAGCAACCUCAUCCCGGAUGUUUGACAUACAUUUAAUGUAUGUGGCCAAAUCGCGAGGAUGCACAUAUUCCAUUUCCCACCAUUCAAGAAUUUCCUCAGCAGCUCCCACACCAUCGGGAUCGGAUUCGACGCAAAUCGAAACCAACACGCCUAUGAUGGUGAACCAGAAUCUCCUACGAGAUAUCGUGAAUUCCUAUCAUUGCCUUUCUUUCCUCUCCUCGUCAAGGAUGCAGUUGAGCGAUGUAAGUGACGUGUUACCAUUCCAUCUUGGUGCGGUGGAUGCGAUGUCGAAUGCGUUGAAUGUUGGUAAAGGUUCUGUCGAUGGAUAUGAUUAGGUUCAUCUUCAGAUCUAUUUCUCGUGCUCUUUAUUGGAGCUUGAUAUCAUCGUGUUUUCUCUCUUCUCCUUGUGGCAUUUGUCCUCUUGACCCGCUUGCAUUCAUGUGUUACGCAUCCAUUGUCUCCGACACUCGAUCAUCUCCUAGAAGUUUCCGUUACAUGCACGUUUUUUUGCUUACUUUAUUCAUACAUUCAUGUACCAUUGUACAUCCUUGUUGUACAACCACCCUGCAUUUUCGUCUUAAUACACAUUCGCCUCGAAGUUAAGAUCAACGGUCAAACAAAGUAGAAGACCAUUCCCUC